AAAGCCGUUUCCACUUGAUUUUCGUGAAUAUUGUGACCAAUGCUCGCUUUCACAGGUUUAAAAAUGAUGGCUUCGCGAAACGUUCGUCUGGCUUCUACUGUUGUCGGUUCAACGUUUGAAGCAGUCAAGGUUCUUCCAUAUAAGAAUGCUAUCAAGUUUGCCAAUGAAAAUAUUCACUUCAACUACAAGACAAUGAUGAACAAUGUCCGCAUGUUGGCGAAUGGCUUUUACGAGUUGGGUAUGAAGCCUGGUGAUUCGGUUAUGGCUUGGACCGAUAGUCGCUCCGAAACUCUCACUGCUUUCUAUGCUUGCUCCAUGACGGGCCUUCGUCUCGUGACCGUCGAUCCCAAGAUCAAGGAUGCCGAUGUGUUUGUCGACGUUCUCCGUGAGGCAGAUCCGACCCUCCUCCUCUACAGCCCCUCUUCGACCCAGGGAGAGCGUGAGGGAGUUCUGAAGAGCUUGGUCCCUGAGUUGGAUUCGGUCCGUCUGGCGACCAUGGUGGAGCCUCUGAAGAGUCGUCAGUUCCGCCACCUGCGUGCUGUGGCCUCCACGGAGUGGGACCACUCCUCGCUGAACGGUGUGACCAACUUCCGCACUCUGCUCGUCGAUCAGGUCUUCCCCGAUUUGGUUGCCGAGGUCUCCAAGCGCCUGGAGGCCGAGCCCGAGACCGUGCUGCUGCGCAGCUACGCCUACUCGGACGGUCGCGUGCUGAAGAGCAAGGAUUUGACGCAGAAGCAGGUGAAUGACGCGGCGACGCGCAUCGCAAAGAAGCUCCAGCUGACCGCCGAUUCGAUUCUGUGCCUGGAUCUUCCGAUGUAUCUCCCCAUCUCGCUGAUGAGCGCUGUGGCGUGUCUGCAGAAGAACGCGAUGUUCGUGGUGCCCAAGGCGAGCUGCGUGCAGGUCGUGCGCGAGACUCUGGAGAAGGAGAACGCGUCCCAUGUACUGACCUCCAAGACUCACUGCCCGCUCCUGCAGGAACAGCCCGCGAAGACGCUGAAGAUGGGAUUGUACCCGACGGAGUGCUGCGUGUGCAAACCCACGACCGGAUUGGAGACUGUCAAGUUUUAAGAGGAUCGUAAUAAAGCAUGUUGUUGUUGAUU